CGGGGAAUAUCCCCUGUCGACAAACAGGAGAGCACUGCGCAGGCGCAGUCCUGGAGGUACGGAGCAUGCGCAAAUGUGUUAUUGCCGGUCGACAGAUGUUUUUUCGUCUUCGGUCCGAAAACGGGCAGUACAAGGGGAGAAUUUGCAGUCAGGAAAGUGAAAUGAAACAUCACCUCAGGAUCUGGUGGAGUUGCUCAAUUUUUCCUAACCUGAAUAUGAUUGGAUUUUGAACAUGGAAGGAAACAGCACUGUUCAGAGUGGGGAGAAACUGUACAUGUGUUCUGUGUGUGGACAAGGCUUCGGCCAAUCUUCUGGCCUGUCAAGACAUAAAUGCAGACACAAUGGUGAGAAACCAUGGAAAUGUGAGGAUUGUGGGAAGGGAUUCAGAUCCCCUUCAGAGCUGGAAACCCAUCAACGCUGUCACACCGGGGAGAGGCCAUUCACCUGCUCCAAGUGUCAGAAGGGAUUCACUCGGUUAUCCACCCUGCUGUCACAUCAGCGAGUUCACACUGGGGAGAGGCCAUUCAUCUGCUCAGAGUGUGGGAAGGGCUUCUCUCGGUUAUACCACCUCCUGACACACCAGCGGAUUCACACUGGAGAGAGACCAUUCACCUGCUCAGAGUGUGCAAAGGGAUUCACUCAGUUCUCCAGCCUGCUGAUACACCAGCGGGUUCACACUGGAGAGAGGCCAUUCACCUGCUCUGAGUGUGGAAAAGGCUUCACUAAUUCAUCCAACUUGUUGGAGCACCAGCGAAUUCACACUGAUGAGAGACCUUUUAAAUGCACAGAGUGUGGGAAAUGCUACAAAAGUUCAGGGGAACUAAUAUCCCAUCAACAUGUUCACACGGAUGAGAGACCAUUCACGUGCUCUCACUGUGGGACUGCAUUCAAGACAGCGUCUGGCCUCACUAAACACCAGCGAGCUCACAGCGGGGAGAAACCGUUCACUUGCUCCGAGUGCGGGAAGGGAUUCACUCAGUCAUCCAACCUGUGGAAACACCAGCGAGUUCACACUGGGGAGAAGCCAUUUACCUGCUCUGAAUGUGGGAAGGGAUUCGCUGAAUCAUUCACCCUGUUGAGACACCAGCAAAUUCACACCGGCGAGAGGCCAUACACCUGCCCCCAGUGUGGGAAGGGAUUCAAGCACUCAUCCAACUUGCUGACACACCAGCGAGUUCACAACAAUGUUGAUAAGCUCACUGGGGACAAACCAUGGAAAUGUGUGGACUGCAAGGCAGGAUUCAGGUAUCCAUCUCAGCUGGAAACCCACCGACGUACUCACACUGGAGAGAAGCCAUACCUUUGCUGUGUCUGUCAGAAGAGAUUCACCCUGUCAUCUAACCUGCUGAGACACCAGCAGGUUCACACUGACGAGAGACCAUUCAGGUGUUCUCACUGUGGGAGUCGUUUCAGGCGAUUGUCCCAUCUCGCUGCACACCAGCGAACUCACACUGGGGAAAGAUUCACCUGCUCCAAGUGUGGGAAAGAGUUCACUCGGUCAUCCAGAUUGCUGAAACACCAGAAAAUUCACACUCAGCCGAAACAAUUGACCUGCCCUGAAUGUGGGAAGGGAUUCACUGAGUUAUUCUCCCUGCUGAGUCACCAGCGAGUUCACGCUGGGGAGAGACUAUUUAUAUGUUCCAAGUGUGGUAAGGAGUUUACUCAUUCAUCCAAGCUGCUAUCAGACCAGGAAGUUCAAACUGGGAAGGGGCCAUUCACCUGCCCCGAGUGUGGAAAAGAAUUCACUCUGUUAGCCACUCUGCUGACUCAUCAGUAUGUUCACUCCCCACCGUCAACCUGUCCCGAGUGUGUGGGGGACUCGCUCUGUUAGCCACUAUACUGACAUCAGCAUAUUCACAUAGCACCAAUAACCUGUUCUAAAUGUGGGAAGGAAUUCACUCAGUUGUCCCACCCCACUGAGGUGCAAUAAGUUCACAAGUAAAUACAGUGAUUGGAUUUUUCUGUUAAUCGUGUCCAAGACUGACCUGAUUUAACGUCUUCAUAAUAAAGCAGCUUCUUGAUAACAGUCAUCACUACAAGAUUGAAUU